AUGGCUGACCGAUUCCCAGCCCUUGACGAUAUUACCGGAGACGAUAUAGUUCCAUCGCUGGGCGGUGCAGGCAACAGAGCCGGCGAGGACGACAGCGAUUUCCUUGCCCGUGAGCGUGCAGCAUUGGGAGACGAUGCUGAUCAGUUUAUUUCACCCAGCGAUAAUAGACCUUCUGCCACAGUUGAAGAUGACGAUGACUUGCUGGUAGGGGGAGGUGAUGACAUGAUGACCCAUGACGAUAACUCCGGAUUCGAAUCGAGCUACCCGGCCAUUGAAUCGAAAAAUGAGAAUGUAGCUCCAGGAGGUACCAUCACUGGAGUCGACAUGCCAUUCCAAUCAUCAUAUUCCAGCCAUACCCAGGAGACGGAGGAGUCUGAGGCUGUCCGUGAAUGGCGGGAAAAGCGAGAUGCCGAACUGGCUCGUCGAGCUGAAGUGUCUGCUGAGAAAAAGGCGGCGACUGUCUCCAAAGCCCAACAAGAUAUAGAUGAUUAUUACGAAUCCUACAACAAACGAACCGACAAGGCCCGGGAGCGUACCCGUGCAGAAGCUGAAGAGUUCCUUGCAAAUCGAGAAGAUACUGCUGCUGGAGGCACGAGCUGGGAGCGUAUUGCCAAACUUGUCGAUGUCAGCGGGAAAGGAACCAAGGGCGGAGCCAGUGGUUCUGGCAAAGAAAGGUUCAGGGAACUGCUGCUGGAACUUAAGAAGGACGAGAAAGCCCCAGGAGCGUCUGGGGUCUAG